GCAAAUCAUCCAUCCAGACUCCAUCGAUCCAUCGAUCACAGCCAGCCAGCGAGCGAAGAAGAAGAAGAUCAUACAUUUGACGGAGUCCUAGAGAGCCAUCAGGAUGCAGGCGGCGAAGGAGAAGGUGAAGGACGGCGUGAGCGCGGCGAGAGCGAAAGCGAAAGUGGCGCAGGCGAAGGCGGAGGAGAAGGCGGAGGCGGCGACGGCGAGGUCCAAGGCGGAGAAGGAGCUGGCGCACGAGAGGGGGAAAGCCAAGGUCGCCGCUGCCAAGAUGGAGCUUCACCAGGACAAGGCCGUCCACCGGGAAGAAGCCAUCGAACACCGCCUCCACAAGCACGGCAUCAUGGGCGGCAGCCAUCAUCACAACAACAAGAAUCAUGGCGUCGCGGCGGCCGCUCCGGCGCCGGCCGGGUAUUACCCUCCGGCCGGUGGCGCUGGGCACCAUUACUAGCUAGCAAGCCUUGAUCCUCUACGUUACCCUGCACUACGAGCAGCUGGCUAGCGUUACCCUGUACCUCUGUACCUGUAUCGUUUAUCUGUCGAUUUCUUUUCUCGACAGCAAAAUGUACUUACUGUAUCCUGUUUCUGUAUAUAUAUAUGUGUGUGUGUGUUUGUGUGUUCU